UAAUUCACGUGGUACCUCAUCGCUGUAUAUUCUCAGUCAUAUUCGGGCUUGUACAGAGCGUGGGUGUUGGAGGUCGAGACCCCUCCCUGCUCAAGCAAAGUGUCUGUUAAGUACUUGAAUAUCCAUCGAUUAUGGCGUCAUCAGGUAUAAUACUACAUUUACUCGUGAUUACCAUGGCAACGCAAGUAGCGUCCGCUUUCAAAUACAGCGACGGCUGCAUCGUCUCGGUCCUGUCUGUCAACAACAACAACAUCAUAGCGAUGUACUCCCGCGACUUCCAGGCGAGCUCGGAACCAGUGCAAGGAGUGCACCUGUCUCUGGACGGGAACAACCAGGCAAUGCGAGUGACCUGGUUUAACCCACAUCCAUUCCACAGCGGCCCGUUCCAUCCCCAGUGCAUGUUCGGGCCCAGCCAGCAUGUCCUGAAGCACACGAGCACGGGGACAGCCUACACUUACAGAGGCGGGAACUUCAACCAGACCUUGAACUCCGCAUUGCUGGAUCUGACCCAGGUCGGUGGUGGUGGUGUGGUCUCUAACACGACUGUUUUCUACAAGUGCGGAGAUCAGAACUAUGGCUGGAGCGAUGUCAAACAGUUCACGCUGCUGGGGAGGAAUGCCAAAAAGAAGGAAGUGGCAGACGACACUGAUACAUUCUGCAAGCCCAGUCUGACCGGUUUCUUCAAGGACGAGACUCCAACUGUUGCUGCUGUCGCCGAUCUCAGCAUCGAUCACGGCAAGCACACAAUAGCAGCGCUCUCCAAUCUCGCGCAGGCCGGAAAAAUCCAGUUGCUGAUACACGCGGGAGACAUCACUUACGCCGACCGCUACGGCGGCGAUUCGCACAACAACAGCUACGUCUGGGUGGACUACAUGAACAGAAUGGAGCCAGUCGUAAGUCGCGUGCCUUAUAUGACGGCGCCGGGAAACCACGAAUCAGAGUUCCACUUCGCCGCCUACGCCAACUGGUUAAACAUGCCUUCUACCGAAAGCUAUUCCAAUUCCACGUUUUGGUUUUCCUUCGAUUACAUGGGCGUCCAUUUCGUGUCGUUUUCCACGGAGCACGAGUUCAUGCAGAAUUCUACGCAAUUUCAUUGGAUGGAGUCUGAUUUGAAAGCAGCCAAUCGGAACAGACGUGCUGUUCCUUGGGUGUUUGUUUUUGGUCACCGCCCGCUGUACUGCACGAGUGUGAUUUGCAGAGAGCGGUGCAAGGUUGAGGCACCAGUGUUCAGGUCGUAUCUGGAAGACCUGCUGUAUGAACAAAAGGUCGACGUGUACAUGUCGGGUCACAACCACCAGUACGAGAGGUCACUUCCGGUGUACAGACAGAGAGCAGUGCAGGAGGAUUACAAGAACCCGAAAGCACCGGUUUACAUAGUCAAUGGCGGCGCAGGUAAUCCAGAUUUCAACGACCCCACUUUCGAACCCAGAAUCCCAUGGCGUGGGUCCGAUGAGCCGACCUUUGACACGGGCUACUUACUCUUUCAACCAACCAGCACCCAGCUUCGGUUCCAGUACAUGGCCAGCAGGUCCAAUGAAGUACUCGAUAGAUUCACGAUCACAAAGUCACCAUGAAUAAAUUAUAUGCCGGUUCUGUGGUAUCUUGAACAUAACUGCACUACCGUCAUCAGUAGUAAAUAAUCAUAAAGUGAAAAAAAAAAAAAAAAAAAAAAAAAAAAAAAAUGUUUCUUUAACACGAAAUUAGGAUCAUUCCUAACCUAACUAACCAGAAAUCAGUACAAAUGAAAGUUUGUUUUGUUUAACGAAACCACUAGAACACAUUAAUUCAAUAAUAAUCGAAUAGUAAUAAUCAACACGUAGUCUUCAGAGAAAAACCCACUACAUUAGCAGAAAGGGAUCUUUUAUAUGCAUUUUCCCACAGACAGGAUAACACAUACCACGGCCUUUGGUAUUCCAGUCGUGAGGCACUGGAUGGUAUGGGGAAAAAAAUCAAAUGGAGAAUGGAUCCACCGAGGGGGUUGGAUCCUACAACCUCGCACACCAGGCGAGCGCUCUACCGACUAAGCUAGAUCGUGAACCAAAAGGGCGCAGUCAAACUAAAAGGGGAACCUUUUCAAAUUGUUUUCCCCGGAGGGUAGGUCUACAGAAUCUGCUCCAUUCUCCAUCCUAGAAUAUAUGUUUGUUACUGAAAUCUCAAACACCGAGCGAUUUAAAAGAACUAUAGCAUGGUUUCAAGUGGUAACUAAAUAUAUGAAUCUGUAUAUGGAUAAAUUUCCCUAAAAUGAAAACCAAUUGUUAUAAUUACUUAAAUCCAAAUUAUAUAAUUCGAAAUAUGCAUACAUCCAUUUUCUUUCAAAUAAUAUACAUGUUCAUGUAGUUGGAACUGUUCUAAAUACACCAAAAUCAUUGGCUUUUGUGAUUAUCAUCACCCAUCUUCUGCCAUGAAGUUAUAUUCUGCGUUUUAUGGAGUAAAAUUAAUUUUAUUGGUGACUUAAAACCUUAUAAAGCGUAUUCACAGCAAAGCGUUUGGAAUUAAAAUAGUUAUAUCUG